AUGGAAAUUGUGCAGGUAAAUCCUGCAUCUGGUCCAGGAACACGGAAACCCCGUCCUGUUUUGGUACCAAUCAUGCUGCCAGAUGGGCUUGCCAGAUCUGCUUACAGCGAAAAGACCAUUGCGACUUUCCUGAGUAUGUACAAUCCACAGGGAGUAGUUCACGCCACCAACACAGACGCAAAAGAGUUUGUGAACUUGUUGCCCCUGCUUAGUACGCGCGAUAAAGCACUACAGAUGGCUGCUUUGGCAGUCGGCAUAACACAGCUUGGGAUAACUUCGAACAACGAAAACCUUACGCGGCAGGGAAGAACAUUGUACGGUAAAGCUCUCAAGGAAACGGCAGUAGCUCUACAGUACCCUGCUCGAGCGAGUAGCGAGUCGCUCCUUGUUGUACCGCGGGUCAUGGCUCUCUUCGACAUGUUGUUCGGCGCGGAACCAAACACGACCAACCAGGCGAAGAGCUGGCUCAGCCAUUGUGAAGGCGAACUAGCCAUGGUUGUCAGUCGUGGCCCUGAGAUAUUCGCGGAGAACGACGUAGCACAUUUACUCUUCACCAACGCAAGGUAUCGACUACUUGGGCCGGCUACUCGCGCCAGAAAACCAACGAUAUUGAAUGAGGAAAAGUGGAAGACAAUACCCUGGAAGGGACGAAUCAAGACAUCCGAUGAUAUUCUGAUCGAUAUCCUCUGUGGCAUACCCGAGCUCUUGGAAGCCGUGGACAAGUUACAGUUUCAAUGUAUGAGCGAGCAAGAGAAAGAAGGGCUGCAAGUAUACACGAUAGCAAGAUGCUGGACACUGCACUUCGAGCUGGAAGCUUGGGUCAGUACCAAAGCGAACGCUAUCUAUACACCUGAGAUUGUCAACAACUUAACACCUAUCAACUUCCCCAACAUUGACAUUGCCUGCGUCUCAGUACGCUACUGGCUAACAGCUCUCUUCAUAUACUCUUCCCUCGACAUCGCAAAUGGCAUUGAUCCUUCCACCGACACACUACUUUCGCACCCCGAUCGCCCACACCCCCGGCCUUUUGCAAGAAUGAUUAUGAAGUCAAUCGACUACUUCGUUCAAGAGCAGUUCGGUGUAACGGGCAUAAUGGCUCUCUGGAUGCCUCUUGGUAAUGCGCUAUUCUACCUAAACAGAAACCGGGAGCCUGAUGAGGAAUACAUUAUGAGCACUAUGAAGAUUUGGCAUAAACCAAGGCUGCCGAGCGCAAUGAGGGAAUUCUUGAAGAGUUUUAGACAUACAGUCGAUAUGAAGACUCUGAUUGCGAGGCCUCUGAGCGAGUUGUAG